UUAACCAAUGGUGACCUUCUGUCUCCUCGGCCAAUUGCUAAGCACAACAUGAUGACGCGGUAGUCCAUUAGACGCUUUCCCUUGUGCAGAGCUAAGGUGAUGUAAUGAUGAUAAGCAGAGUUCUAAAAACAUCCUGCCUGAGCUACACAAAGGCAACUGCAAUAUGGAGGAGCUUUCUUUUUCAACAGAGUAGUUCAAUAAGAUGGAACCAUACUGUGUCAAAAGGGUAUAAGGCUGUUAUUUUUGAUAUGGGAGGUGUGCUGCUUCCGUCACCUUAUAGAAUGAUAAAAGAGUGGGAAAUUUGUAACAAAGUUCCAUCUGGAACAUUAAAGCAAGCCAUACGAACAGGUGGACACAGUGGACCUUGGAUGAAGUUUAUGAGAGGAGAAUUGACUGCAGAACUAUUUGUAGAGCAUUUUGGGGAGCAGUGUUCAAAUAUUGCUGGUUCCCCUGUCCCAAUUUUCAGAUUCCUUACAGAUUUCACAAGUGGGCCAAUGAUAGAACAGCAUUCAUGCAUGACCCAGGCCAUACAGUGUAUCCGUUCUGAGGGUCUCAAAAUUGCUGUUUUAAGCAACAACUUCUUUUUACAUAGUGGAGAAAGUUUUCUGCCUUUGAAUCGUUCACAGUUUGAUGUGAUUGUUGAGUCUUGCAUUGAAGGUGUAUGUAAACCAAGCCCUCAGAUCUAUCAGCUUUGCGUGGAACGGCUAGGUGUUCAGCCGAGAGAUUCUAUCUUCUUAGAUGAUCUUGAACAGAAUGUAAGAGCUGCUGCACAGCUAGGCUUUAGUACAAUAAAGGUGGAUGAUCCAAGAGAAUCUCUUGAGCAAUUAGAAAAGCAGUUAGGAUUCUCAUUAAAAGACUUUGUUCCAAACACUCGUUCUGUAAGACCAGCAAUGGAAAUUCCAAGAGAUACUUUGAAGAAGUAUCUGGAAAACAUUUUAGGGGAAAGAAUAUCAGACCAACUUACUGUCCGACAGUUCAGUCAUGGACAGUCUAACCCCACAUACUAUGUCAAAUUUAAUGAAAAGGAAUUUGUGUUGCGGAAAAAACCUCCAGGGAAACUCCUACCUGCAGCACAUGCUGUUGAGAGAGAAUAUAGGAUAAUGAAAGCCCUUAGUGAGGCUGGUGUUCCUGUUCCAAGAGUGCUCAGUCUUUGUGAAGAUUCCAGCAUUAUUGGCACUCCAUUCUAUGUUAUGGAGUAUUUAACUGGACGCAUCUUCAAAAAUCCUGCCUUACCUGGAAUGGAAAAAAAACAGCGUUGUGCAAUAUACUCAGCAAUGAAUCAAGCUUUGUGUAAAGUCCAUAGUGUGGAUAUCAAGGCAGCUGGAGUAGAGGAUUAUGGAAAACAUGGAGCUUAUAUUCAGCGUCAAGUUCAGAUUUGGACUAAGCAGUAUAGACUUAGUGAGACCCAUACCAUCCCAGCUAUGGAGAGGCUGAUUGAGUGGCUCCCACAGCAUCUACCCAAGGAACAGAAAACGACAGUAGUACAUGGAGACUUCAGGUUGGAUAAUUUAAUUUUUCACCCAGAGGAACCUGAGGUUCUUGGUAUUUUGGACUGGGAAUUGUCCACAUUGGGGGAUCCUAUUUCUGAUGUGGCUUACAACUGCUUGGCUCAUUACCUCCCUCCUGAUCUUCCAAUUCAAAAAGGCCUAAAAAACUGUGAUCUCGCAGCACUUGGGAUUCCCACAACUGAAGAAUAUUUUCAACAGUACUGCAACAAUAUGGGAAUACCAAAGAUUCGCAACUGGAAUUUCUACAUGGCAUUCUCCUUUUUUAGGGUGGCAGCUAUAUUACAGGGUGUAUACAAACGUUCACUCACAGGACAGGCUAGUUCGUCAGAUGCAUCAAGUGGUGGGAAACUUGUGGAUGUUAUGGCUGACAUAGCUUGGGAUUUUGCAACAAAGGAAGGAUUUCGGAUCUUCAAUGCUCAAUCAGGAACAAAUUCUAACAACCCAUCAUCAAGGUCAUACAGUACAUUUAGUAGAAUGGCUAAACAAAGGGGAUCCCCAAAGACAGCCUUUCCUACAUUGCCUAAGGCUUCUCUGUACUCCUCUUCAAGGGGUGGCCUUAUUCUUUCUCCUGAUGACCUCUCUGGGGAGGCUCUGGAUCUGUACCAAAAACUAAAGCAGUUUAUAGAAGUGUACAUUUAUUCCGCUGAGCAAGAAUUUAGAAAUUAUCAGUCAUCUGAGAAGAGAUGGACGCCACAUCCACUUAUAGAAGACCUGAAGGAAAAGGCCAAAUUACAAGGAUUAUGGAACCUUUUUCUUCCUUUGGAGAGUGACCCAGAAGGCAAAUAUGGUGCAAGACUUACAAACAUGGAAUAUGCUCACCUUUGUGAAUUAAUGGGUACAUCCCUAUAUGCACCGGAGAUAUUUAACUGCUCAGCCCCCGAUACAGGAAACAUGGAAGUGCUGGUUCGUUAUGGAACAGAAGAACAGAAAGAACUCUGGCUGAAACCCUUGUUAGAAGGAGAGAUCAGGUCCUGUUUUGCCAUGACUGAGCCGCAGGUUGCUUCUUCUGAUGCCACCAAUAUUAAGUCCUCCAUUAAAGAAGACGGUGAUUCAUAUAUAGUUAAUGGCCACAAAUGGUGGACUUCAGGUGCAUUGGACCCUCGUUGUAAAUUAUGCAUCUUUAUGGGAAAGACAGACCCAGAUGCUCCUCGACAUAAACAGCAGACCAUGAUCCUGAUUCCAAUGGACACUGCUGGAAUAAAACUCACAAGGCCAUUAACUGUGUAUGGACUGGAUGAUGCACCAGCUGGGCAUGGCGAGAUCCAAUUUGACAAUGUACGAGUGCCCAAGGAAAAUAUUUUGCUAGGAAGUGGCAGGGGGUUUGAAAUUGCGCAAGGCAGACUUGGUCCAGGACGAAUACACCACUGUAUGAGGCUUGUAGGAAAUGCAGAGAGGUCUUUAAGCCUCAUGAAGCAGCGAGUGAAGUCAAGAAUAGCUUUUGGCAAGCCUUUAGUUGAACAAGGAACUAUUCUAGCAAGCAUUGCACAAUCCAGAGCAGAAAUCGAGCAAGCCAGAUUGCUGGUACUGAAAGCAGCCCAUCUUAUGGAUACAGUUGGCAAUAAGAAAGCUGCCCUAGAAAUCUCCUUGAUUAAAAUGGUUGCUCCAACUAUGGCCUAUAAUGUGAUUGAUCGAGCUAUUCAGGCCUUUGGUGCUGCGGGUCUCAGUAGUGACUUCCCACUUGCUCAGUUCCAUGCAUGGGCACGAGCACUACGACUUGCAGAUGGACCUGAUGAAGUUCACCAGGCAGCCGUGGCUAAAAUUGAAUUGAAACAUUAGCCAGCCUUGCCUUCAAAAUAAUGCGAUCAUCAGGUCUAUUAUCUCAUGGAUGUAUUUCAACAAAAAUCUGCUUUAUUAUUAUAUACAUAUGCUUUUAUAAAUCCUGUCGCUAACAUAACCAGAUAAAUGUCACAGACCUUUAUUAACAGACACCAUUCUCAGAAACGAAAUUUUUGCUGUUAAUUAAAGCAUACAGAUAAAAAUGCAUGUACCACUUUCUAUUAUAUAGUCUUAUUUUUAGUAGUACACAUUUCAAGCUUACACAGGAAUGAAUUAACAUCACUUUAAAAUCUUUCAGGAAACAAGAUUACUUUUUGAAACUACAACCUUGCCUCCCAUUUGCCCCGUCCCUGUUUCUUCUGCUGUUGCCUUUACAUUAGUGGAAACAGUGCCUCUAGUUUAUCAGCUCUUUCAGCACAUUCAGAAUUUGGCUAUUCCCACACGGACUGAUUCUUGACAAACAGAAAAACGCUGGCUGAGAAUCAGCCCCUACACUGACACCAGUCUGCUACCUUGCUUUACGCGGCAGAUAUAAGGCAAAAAACACAAGAGUUUGCAUUUUACAGCCAAUGUUAAUCUAGAAAGAGAAAAGUAUUUUACUCAAGGUUUUGAUCUCACAUCUGGAGUGAAAAACAAUAAUAAACCUUUCUCUUUUUGCAUUUACAUUUUUUUCACUAGUCUUGAAAUCCUAGGAGUGCUCUCCUUGUUUUAGUAUAUAUAUAUAUAUAUAUAUAUAUAUAUAUAUAUAUAUAUAUGAUAUGUAUCUUCAAUUACAACCAAAGCCUAGGUUCAACAUUGCUUUGUUUAAUAGUAAAAAGGGUGUCAGUCAUUGCUCAUGAUAAAUGUGUGCCUUAAAGUAGUAAUUUCUCACAGUCCAUGCUAUAAUGCAAUGUGUCAGAAUGUAUAUGUUCUGAUUCUUCUAUACAGUGUCUUACAUAGUAAGCUUUUUACUAGGCACUGUCUUAUGAUUUGUUCUAUUCUUUUUGUUAAAAAUAAAGGGCUAAUAUUUUGUAUUGAUAAAGAAUUCAAAUACAUUGCAACCACUACUUUUUUAAAUGUUACUCUUUUACUCUCCAGUAAACUUCUGGAUGCUGUGAUUGACAUUUUCUGUUUUUGGAAUAAAGUCCAAGUGAGGAAA